AUGGACGAAGCAAUAAUCGACUCGAUCUUCGCGGGAUCUUUGAAGUCUCUCCCGGCUGUUAGCUCUAAAAUCGUCCGGAUAUUUACAAGUUCCACUUUCACCGAUACCGCUAUGGAGAGAAACACCUUGAUGGCACAGUGUUACCCUAAGCUGAAGGAUUACUGUAGGGAGAAACACGGAUUAGAGUUUCAGGUGGUCGAUAUGCGAUGGGGUGUACGAGACGAGGCCACAGACGAUCAUAUGACCACAGAAUUGUGCAUGAGAGAGAUCGAGAAUUGCCAGAGGCUCUCGAUGGGGCCAAAUUUCGUGGUGUUUCUCGGUCAAAAAUACGGCUACCGUCCGAUCCCAACGUACGUACUCAGCUCGGAAUUAGAAAUGUUGAAGACGGAGUUGGAUGGUCAAGGAACGGACGUCGGUCUUUUGGACAAAUGGUACAAAAAGGACAGCAACGCGGUUCCACCUACUAGUAUCUUGCAACCGAUAUCCUCGAUCUUGAAGAAUUUCAAUAAUAAAAGAAUACCGAAGUUGCAGCAAGAAGAUCAGGCUAUCUGGUGGGACACCAUGGUGAAGAUGCAGAAAUUGUUCCGGAAGGGAGCACAGUCUCUGUUCAAUUGCGGAAAAUUCGACAAAGACACUAUGCACAAUUAUUUCAUGUCAGUGACUGAAAGAGAGGUGAUAAAUGGCAUACUAAACGUGAAGAACACGAAAAAUCACUGUCUGGCGUAUAUCAGGUACAUAAAUAACAUAAAUCUGCAAAAUCUGAGGAAAGCUAGUCUCUUCUUGGAUAUAGCUAACAGAAGUUUGGAUAACGAAGCGUCGAAAUUGUUGGGAAACUUGAGGGACGAGAGGCUACCUGAUAAAAUCGAGAGCACGAAUCUGCAAAGAUACACGGUAGAGUGGAUUGGUCGAGAAGGUUUGGAUACGGAGACUCACAGCGAGUACCUUCAGCACUUUAUCACCCAUUUCUACCGAAAUAUCGUGAAACUCGUGGAUCGUGCGAUGAGAAAGGAAGACAGUUCUGCUCAGGGGCAGAUUAUUACGGAAAUUUUGCAGCACUUACACGCCUGUAACAAUUCUGUGAAGGUGUUCUACGGCCGAGAAGACACUUUGGUGAAAAUCAAAGAGUACAUGUUGGGGGAUAGCGAUAAACCUUUGGUUCUUUACGGAGAAGGUGGUUGCGGGAAAACAUCUUUAUUAGCUAAGAGUGCAGGAUUGACGAGCAGCACGUGGCUCACUGGUAAAAAGCCAAUUAACAUCAUUCGAUUCCUUGGCACCACUCCAGAUAGCAGCGCUUUGACACCUACGUUAAUUUCCAUUUGUCAACAAAUCUCCUACAACUUCAUGUUGCCUUUCGAAGAAAUUCCCGACGAUCUGGUACCUUUAACUGCUUUCUUCAAGUACUUGUUGACCCUGGCUACAGACGAACAGCCGAUUUUACUAUUUCUCGACAGCGUAGACCAACUGACCGGUGUUCAAGGGAAUAAACUAUCAUGGUUGCCUACGAGACUUCCAAUUAACUGCAAGAUGAUUCUCUCCUGCGCCGCCGAGGAAUCGAAUCCAGUGAUCUCUCGGGACUACCAAUUGCUGCGCAGAAUGAUCGACACCGAAGAAAACUUCAUCGAGGUAGUCGCUUUGGGCGAAGAUCUAGCCAUGGAAGUGAUAAGAAUGUGGAUGAAGACAGCUCACAGAGAUCUGAACAACUAUCAAUGGCGACUCGUGGCGAACGCUAUAUCCAAGUGUUCCUUGCCGAUCUUCGUGAAACUGGUCUUCGCGGAGAUCUACAGAUGGAGAAGCUACACCAAACCAGCGGACACUCAUUUAACGUGCACAGUGAUGGACAGUAUAAUGAUGUUGUUCGAAAGAAUCGAGAAGCAACACGGGAAGAUUCUGGUUUUCCACGCGUUGGCUUACAUUACCGCGGCGAAAUCUGGGUUAUCCGAGUCUGAACUGGAAGAUUUGAUCUCUCUGGACGAUAAAGUGCUGGACGAUGUGUAUCAGUAUCAUUUACCACCGGUUAGGCGAAUCCCACCGUUGCUCUGGACCAGGAUAAGAAACGAUUUGCCGAAUUAUCUGAGCGAACGAGAGGCUGACGGUGUUAGCGUGCUUAAUUGGUAUCAUAGACAGUUCAGAGACACUGCUAAGGAGAGAUACUUUAAGAAUAUGAACAUGGCUAUGUACUUUCAUUCGAUGAUCGCUGAUUAUUAUCUUGGGAUAUGGGGAGGUGGACGACCGAAGCCGUUUAAGUACACCGAGAUUCAGAGGCACAGGUUCAAUUUGGCGGAUAAAGAAGGUGUGGCAGACAGAAAAGUGCCCGAGCAGCCUCUGGCAUUUUACUCGAAGGACGGGACAAUCACCAGAUACAACCUGAGAAAAUUCGGCGAAUUGCCGUUUCAUCUGGUCAGAUCUCGACGUUUCAACGAUUUGUUCGAAAACGUUCUCUUCAAUUACGAAUGGUUGCACGCGAAACUCAGUUCUUGUCCUCUUCAGGCAGUGCUUUCCGAUUUCGAAGACGCGUGCACUUUCAUCGAUAAUCAGAGUAUCGUCAGAGAGCUGAUGCUGGUAGCAGACGCGCUCAGAUUAGGCGGUGCAAUACUCGGCUCACAUUCAGACAUGCUUGCACCACAGCUAAUCGGUCGUUUAUUACCGGAAAUCGGUGGAAACGUGAACGUGAAGAUGCUUCUACGAGCGUGUGAUAACGACGGAGCGAAGGAUUGCGCUCUACUUCCAGUUUAUCAUUGCCUCCAUACUCCCGGUGGACCUUUAAAAUACUCGCUGGAGGGCCAUCAAUUCGCCGUAUUUGGCUUUUGCCUGACGUCGGAUUAUCGUUACGUAGUCUCGAUAUCGAAUCGAUUUAUCACAUGGGAUCUAAGCACCAGCGACAUGACCAGAGACGUGAAUCCUGGAGUCGAGGGAAUUAUGCAGAAUCUUGUCUUGAGUCCUGAUAAUAGAUACGCUGCUGCGUUCACCACUAAUAAUCAGAGUGUCGUGUUGAAUACUCUGACGAGUGAGUUCGUGAUCAUCGAUAAUCCAUUUCCGAACGAAGAUCCAGUUUACGGGGUUCAUCUGACGAAUCAAUUUUUCUUCGUUUUUGGUAAGUUAGGAUGGUGUAGGUUCGAUUUACGAGGGAACCUCGUGGACACGCACUCUAACCCGGAGGAUUCUAACAAGUGGCCAAUUUUGUAUGUGGAACACGCGAAUCUAGACGACUACAGAAUAAUAUUCUGGUCUGGGAACAUGGAGGACACCAGUAUGCUUCUGCAUACUUACAGGAAGAAGGGAUCUCUAGAUCCCUUGCACUUCCAUAGCGUCAUGGUAAUGAACAACACUAAAAAUGUUCUCUACGCGUGCACAACAAAGGCCGAUUACCGAGUGACAAAAUACACCAGCGACGAAACGUCCUCAGAAUGGGAAAAAGCGUUCGACAUGCCUAGAGCCUUCAACGACGACGUCGAGUACAUGUUGCAAUUGAAAUUAGACAGGGAAGAAGAGAUGCUUCUGGCAACCAGUGCCAAUGGUUUCAUCGUAUGGUUCUUAGAGAGCAAAAGUGAUGCGUAUGUUCUGAUGUUGCCCAAUGGUGUACGGAAUAUCAGCACGAAGAUGAUGUGCUCCAAUUCGAUCAUGAUCAGUGGCACGAAGAAUUACGCUGUUGCUGGUGUAAGGAAAAAUUUGUACGUUUGGAAUCUCGAAACGAAGGAACUGGUGAAAAUAUUGGACGCUCAUUUCGCGAGGAUCAUUCAACUGGAAGCGCUAACUAUUGGAAACUGGAACAGCGUGGUAACGUCGAGUAUCGAUAGAAGUGUUAAAGUAUGGAACAUAAAUAAUAUUUUCGAGCAGGUGCAUGUGAUAGACAGACACGAGUUGCAGAUCGAUAUGAUAAGUUUGGCAGAGGAAUGUAAUUUAGCAGCGAUAGUGACCAGAGAUUGCGUAGGAAUUUGGGACCUGCAGACUGGAAGAUUGAUCUCGAAAUUGGCGGACAGUCCUCUCGGUGCAAUUGUCACUCACGCCUGUAUUACUCACGAUGGAAAGUACAUCGUCUCGACGGAGUCGGGCAACGUUUUAAUAUGGAACAGAAUUACGGAGCAGGUGUUGUUCAAGGAGGAGCAGCAACACGUGAGGCAAUUGACGCUGGUCGAAAACUCGUCGAAAUUUAUGGCCGUUUCGAGGCCAAAGAAUCCUGCCGGAGUGGAGAGCAUGAAGACCAUGGCUACUCUUUUCAUGAGAAACAUUCCUGAUGGAAGGACGACGUUCUCCUUGGAAUAUUUAGUCAGGAGUCAUACAGGCACUCCGUUUCGAAACGUGGUCAUUACUUCUGACAAUUCUUUCCUGAUUGCACCUGCUGCUGAUAAGGGCAACAGAGAUUGUGUUAAUAUUUAUAACGCAAAAACAGGUGCACUGUUGAGCAAAAUUCCUGUCAAGCUGCCAGGAUUUAAGGAUAUCCUGUGUGUUACUCCUAUGCCGAAUAAAGCACACUGGGUAGGAGUGAUUGGAUCUGAUAAGGGUGCUAUUUUGGAUAUAAAUAAAAAGAAGAUUAUCCGUAUAAUUCCCAAAUGGAGUGGAAAUAUCAGCAAAGAUGGGAAAUACACUUUAUAUGCACCCAGCAGAGGGGGUCUAGAACUUUUGGAGUUAAAGAAAGGUACCACAGUGAAGACUUAUAUUCCAAAGGUAGCAGAGGGUGUAUUUACUGUAAUAUCGAUGUUCAACCGUACAGAUGAGUAUGUUCUUUAUUAUCACAGUGGAAGGAAGACUAUACGUGUGUUUAGAUCUUCAGACUGUCAGAUGAUAGCAAAUUACAGGGUUCAAGCAGAAUUGAGUGCCAUCGAUAGCACCUAUGAUGGUAAGAAUAUUGUGCUGGGAACAGUUGACGGUUGUGUAUCUGUUUUAGUCAUAGCUGAUCCUAAAAAGGAAGAAAUGAAAGAGUAUGUUGGAAACUUACCAUCUCGCGAUGAAGAUUGGAAAAAGAAAACUGAACGGCAACGAGCGGCAAUCAAGUUCAAAGCCGUAGCUCGUAUCGCUCGUGUAACGCACGAUUUGAGUGCAAUUAUACGAAAUGGGAACGUUGUGGAAACAAUCGAGGAAUUAGACGAAAAUGUGGAAUAA